GCUGCAUAUAUAGCCAAAUGUUGUAGUACACUGAGCUAAGAAAAGCCUGUUACCUUUUUUGUUUUCUUCACUUUUAACCUUCCUCUAUCCAGCCAUCGUAUCAAUACUUCUGCCAUUGUGUAUGUAUCAAUUCAAAAGCCCCCCCGUUCCGUCUUGCAACCAAACUACUGCAGCCAGACCUGUUUUUAGUUCCAACUUUUAAGCCACAAAAACUCACAACCCACAAAGGAAACAAGGGGUGUUCUUUGUGGAGCCCUAAUCUAUCUAUUCUAGAGAGAGAAAGACACACAUCCACAUAUAUAUAUAUAUAUAUAUAUAAGUGAUCAGAGAGUGGAAGAUUGAUAUAUAUAUAUAAUGCAGCAGCAGCACCUGAUGCAGAUGCAGCCCAUGAUGGCAGCCUACUAUCCCACCAACAAUGUCACUACUGAUCAUAUCCAACAGUACUUGGAUGAAAACAAGUCUCUGAUCUUGAAGAUCGUUGAGAGCCAAAACUCAGGCAAAAUGGCAGAAUGUGCUGAACAUCAAGCCAAGCUUCAGAGGAACCUUAUGUACCUUGCUGCCAUUGCUGAUUCUCAGCCUCAAGUACCUACUCUUCACUCUCAGUAUCCUCAAGGUGGGAUGAUGCAGCAACCAGGAGGUCACUACAUGCAACAACAACAACAAGCACAACAAAUGUCUCCACAAGCACUAAUGGCUGCGCGUUCAUCUAUGAUGUACGGCCAACAGCAGUACUCGUUACUACAACAGCAGCAAGCGAUGCAUAGCCAGCUGCUAGGCAUGAAUUCCGGGGUUGGAACCAGUAUGCUACAAAAUGAUAACAGCAACGCGGUUGCUAGUGGGACACACCUAGGUGGAGGGUUCCCGGACUUUGGUCGCAAGCAAGAUAUUGGGGUUUCUGGUGGGUCGAGUAGUGGAGAUGGUGGCGAAACGCUGUACUUGAAAUCUCCCGAUAAAGGUAACUGAUGAUAUGUAAUAGUCUUUUGUGUUAGGAGAUGGUUUAGUUUGCAUGUUAUGAUGAACCUUGUGGUAGAUUGUAGUUUUAAACAUUCCAAGUUGAUGUUUUAUAUGUUUGAAGAUUUAUUGUCCGGUUGACUUGAAACUCUCGAUGUUCUUUUUU